CAUGGCGAAUAGCGAUAUCCAGAAAGAGGCGAUCAUUAAAGACGGGUAGAAAAAAGCAUUUGCUUUUCUUCUGCUUAGUGCGCAGAAGAUGUACAUGUAGCAAGAGCACAGAUUUAUACUAUUACCUACCUCUAGGUAUGUAUGCGAAUCUUUUUUUCUUUUUGAGAUAAGCUGCUACUAGCCGCUGUGCAUCAGCUCUUUCCGUCCCUUCCUUUCUAAAUAUUAGGUACAGUUUACGUCAUGUUGGGGUUCAGGUACCACUUUAUCCCAAGGGGCAGCAUCUAAAUAGAAGUUUAGCACGUGUCCAAUACCUUGAACCUUAGGCCUUAACCCCACCAUAUCUUGAGCACCCUGGCAGCCUUAAUUCGUCGUUGCCAAGCAUUGAAUUCUAUCUUCCGAAGGGGGCAGUUACCUUUUCUUAAUUUUGAAGGUACGAAAUAACGCUUGGUCUAAUUCAAACACCCACGAUACAUUAGACGUAUUCAAUCGAAUAAGUACUUACUAUUCUAAUUCAUCAUCAUCGUAUAUUCAAUCGACUCAAACACCAUGUCGGCAAACGAAGGUCACGAUAGCGUGCGACGACCGCGCUCCACGUCGCGUUCGCGUCCGACAACUCCUCUCCGCCCCUCCUCCCGUUCCUCGUUCCGCGAGUCCGCUCAGCGCAGCGUCCAAGGCGGUGAACCCUUCCCGCUGAACGCCUUCGAACCCGCAUUCGCCGAGUUUUCUGAUGCUAUGGCCGACCUAGAGGCGAACAUGAUGCACUUCCAGCUAAUGCACGAAAGCCUCUCACGUUUCAGCGAGAGCUUCGCGAGCUUCAUGUACGGACUGAACAUGAAUGCUUUCUGCGUCGACUUUGCCGAGGGACCGAUCCCCGAGUCAUUCCGCAGGGCGAGGGUUAGAGAGGAGCAAUCACCGGCACCAGCACCAGUCCGAUCUCGAAGCAUAGAGCGAGGCGAAUUUGAGGGAGAAACGACAUUCAUGACUACGGACACCUCCUUCGUAGAGAACCCACCGACAGUCUCCAAGCCGACUCCUAAGAAGUUUGCGACGCCGGAUGCUCGUCAAUCCCGUGUUCCCCCUCCCUCAAGAGGCGGUACCCAGUCUAGAGGUAGAGGCGGAACGGGACGAGGUCGCACAAGUGGUCUCGUUAAACCGAGAGCUCGUGGCUUGAAAUGAGCGAAGUCGAUGACUUAUCAAACCCUCGAGAUUUGAUUAUUGGCCCUGAUUUGGCCAGAAAAUGCCUUAGCUAAUAUUGCAACGUAUGGGCGCAUUAUAUAAGACGCCCAACCUGUGCUCUAUUGAUGACACUCGCGAGUAUGCCCGAAACGCCAUAGAUGCCUGUUUUGAGAAGUUUGCGCGGCGAGAUUGAACCGUUCACGUUGACAUGGUAAUCUCGUUAUCGGCGGCGCUCUCGGUUCGGUAGGGGCUUUGAUUAUCGGUUCUGAGACCAAUAGCCGCCUCGGCCUCCUUCUGAGUAUAUGGCUCCUCGCGAAGCUGCUUGACUCUAUAUCCACUGUUAGUCUAGAUACCUAAUAUGAUAUAUGCUACUAUCAAGUAAAACGUACCUUCUCUUAUGAGGCUUUCCUUU